ACUAUGUUCAAGGCUUGGCUGUAAAUCUGACCUCGGUCAUCAAACAACCUUCUAUACAGCGAAUGCUUUGUUCAUAAAUUACACAGAUCGUAAAUGUUGCUUAAUAACCUUUAAAUGGUGAAUGCUUCAUGAAUAUUAAUAUUAAGCCUUCGCCAUAGCACGACCUGUGCAUUCAGAAUGAGGACUGCCUGCACCAGCAGUGACAGGUGCAGUAUUUAUCAUCAUGCUGGACUGAUGCUGCUGGAAAUCCGGACUUUGCAUACUAACAGACAGCCACGCGGCGGUGCAGAUGCCUCCUUUUAGUUAAGAAGCAAACACCGAGAUCGUAUUUACUAUAAAUGAUGCUAAGUCGUUUGUGGCGAACAUUUCGACGCUCAUCUUUUCAUUAAAACCACGUAGCUCAGUGUAGUAGUGUCAGAUGUUUUGAGUAAAUAAAGGAAUCGAUUUAGAGUCUUAUAUCAUAAUGCUUGAGAAGAGUAAAUAUAAUUUGGUAGACGACUCGAUAGACCCGAGGAUACCUACCGAUAAUGAAGGGCAAUUCCAGCAUGGACUCUCAUUCGAGGUUAAGUUCAUAGGAAGUCUGGAUAUCGUGCGACCUAAAAGCAGGAUUGAAAUCCUGGCAGCUAUGAGACAAAUACGGUACGAGUUUAAAAUUAAGAACAUUAAGAAGAAGAAAGUCGCCCUCAUUGUGUCAGUGGAUGGUGUCAGAGUGAUUUUGCGGAAAAAGAAAAAGAAGUAUACAGCUGGAUACAGCUGGGACGACAGUCAAGUGACACUGGCUCAGGACCCUAUUUUUAGAAUAUUUUAUGUCUCACAUGACUCACAGGACCUCAAGAUAUUUAGUUAUAUAGCGAGGGACAAAAACAACAAUGUGUUCCGCUGCAAUGUCUUCAAAUCAAAGAGAAAGAGCCAAGCCAUGAGGAUAGUCCGAACGGUGGGCCAGGCAUUUGAGGUGUGCCAUAAACAAAGUCUAGACAAUGCGGAUGCAUGGCUGGUUAAAGGAGAAGAGGAGAGAAGCAAAGAAGAGCCACAAGCAUCCAGCGACAGCACUGAGAGAUCAGGCAGUGUGAGAAAUGAUAAGGUCUGUGAUGACCAAGUGCUGGUCAUGGAGGCUCUCUCAAGCCCUCUGACAGUGAACCAUCAAGUUCAGCUUCUCCAGAGGCAGUUACAGCAGCAGGAACAGAUGAGCCAGGCCGCCUCUGCCCAGGUCAGUCUGCUUCAGCAGCAGCUGUCGGUGGAGACCAGCGCCAGGACCGAGGCACAGACCAGAGUCCAGCAGCUCCUUCAACAAAACACUGAACUCCUGCAGCAUCUCUCUCUGCUGGUCAAACACGUCCAGGAGCUGGAGCUGCGCACACAAGCACAGAAACGCUCACCUUUGGGAUCACAGGACAGUCUUCUUGAAAUCGCCCUGCGUGCCAACAUGCCACGUGUACCACGUGACCCCAGUCCCAACCCUCCACCACCACCUAGAGGGGGCUUUCCUCUCUCAAACAGCCUGGUUGGGCUGGAUGCCUUCGGUUUCUUCAAUGAACCUUCAGACCAGGAGAAGAAAAAGCCCGAGCAGGACCGCGACUCCGGGCAGGGUCAGGAUGAGGAUCACUCUGGAAAUUGCUCUCCUCCAGGGAUCCAGUUUCUCAGCUCAUUGGAGACACCUGGAUUCAGAGAGUCCGGAAUCGCCUCUGGAUACGAGUCCAACACAGAUGAAAGCGAUGAUCGUGACAGCUGGGGCCAGUAAUUGUGUGUUUCUGUGUACAGCAUACACCACUAUUGUCAGUUCACAUUGUGAAACAGCACAGUUAUGUUGCUCACCAGCAAAACUUGUAUAUCCAACACAUGACAUACUGUAUGCUAGUGGCCAGCAUUACCGGUCUUUUCAGCAAAGGGGGCUGAUCUCAAAGUAAUUCAUGCACUUUGGCUUUGUGGGGUAUUUUUUGCAUCGCAGUGUCAUGUGUCAGACAAAAUUGUGCAGUUGUCCAGAAAACAGCUAUCUACAAUAUAAAAGUAAGACAUCUCUUGCUAUUAUUUUAUAAAAAAAAAUAUUCCUGUGUGUGUCCAGGUUGUCUUUAUAUUUGUAACAAAUCUGACAUGGUUUUAUUUUUUAUAAUAUGUAAUACAUUAAUCAUAGUGACGAAUCCUAUGGCACAAGUUAUGAUUUGUGUAAUGUUGCAUCCACAUCAGUAGAUGUCAGUAUAAAGAUGUCUAGAAAAUUGGACAGUGAAAUUGAUCAUAUAGCAUACAUACAUACAUACAUACAUAUAUAUCAGUAUCGUAACAUACUUUAUUUUACUUCUAAAGAAUUAAUGCACUUAGGGGUGGUUUCUCGGACAGGGAUUCGCUUAAACCAGGACUAGGCCUUAGUUUAAUUGGGAUAUAUAACUAGUUUUAACAUGUAUGCCUUACUAAAAACAUUACUGGGGUGCAUUUUGAGGAAAAACAAAGGGCACUGAUGUAUUUUAAGAUAUUUCAGUGCAAGUUGUUUUCAGUUUCAGCCCUUGCAUUCAUUUUAGUCUAGGACUAGUCUAAUCCCUGUCUGGGAAACAGUUAAUACAUUUAAUGAGCUUUGUUUUUUCUGAUCAGUAUUAUUGCAUGUGUUUUAUAAAGUUUAAGAUCAGUGAUAUAUGAUAAAAAAUUUUGUGUUUGAAUUUAUGUUUUUGUCAAUGUUUUGAAAUGUCAGUGAAAUGCUGAAGAGCGAGAACAAAAUGACACUUAAUUUAAGCAGCUAAGUGGCUUUAACUGUUACAAACCUAAAAUACUGUCUUUAAGUAAAUUAUUUAUGUUAUAAAGUUGCAUAAUUGUGACUUUUUUUGUGAAAUCCAGCAUAAAGUCUCAUAAUGUAGCUAUUAGGAUUUGGAGCAUCAAAUUCAUUCAUUCUGCAUUGAUUUCAGAUUUUGACAUGCAGUAUUAAAGAUAUCAAGGUUAUAUUUUCACAGAAUGUUCUUUACAUUAUGGAUGAUUUUAUGUUGAAAGCACUAAAUCACAAAGGUGACUUUAGGUGGGUUUUCAUAGACAGGGUCACAAUUUGUUAAAUGGUAACAACACAAACAUUACUUUUUUUAACCAAUCACUUUUUUCCUUGGACAAAAUGUAGCAAGUUAUACUAACACUGUGCUUUUUGUGCUAACAAGCUACUGUAUUGUGACAUCUGUACAAUACAUUCAGUUAGUAACUCUGUUCUGAAUGCAUUAAAUGAAAUAAAAAAGGUGAUUGAGCA